AUGGACAGCGGCGAGAAGAAACAAGUCAAAGCAAAGCUCAUCCAUGUCAUCUCUGGCACGUUCGACGAAGCUGGCGAUCCCGCUGCACUACUUGUUUUCGAAUUUCAUUUCCACAUGCCCAGCGGCCGGCGAUUCAAGCACACGCUCAUCACAGUGACUUUUGAAGACGAAAAGGGCCCCUCGAUUUUGGACCCCGAGGUCUAUCGGAUCUCCCCCGAAGGUCGCUACGCCCUGGACAAGGUGACGAACUCAAAGGACGUCUCCCACGCCGUCGACGCCGCUGUCAAUGGCGGCGUUGGGGGUGCUAAUUUGGAGCUGGGAUAUCACUGGAAAAUGGACCGAAACAUUGAAAAGGAGCACUCGGGGACGCUCCGUGGGCUCUCUAGGAGAUUCAAGACCUACGGGGAGGAGACGAGCGCCGUAUGGGAGAUUGAAGAGGACCCUGUCAAGAAGGAGGGUAUUCCAACCUUCUUGAGAUCUGCACUCAUUCUGCGGCUGGACGAUGAGAGUGACAAAUUUCAGUUCACAGUCAAGAUUGAGACGCGCGAGAGCAAGCUGCUUUUUGGGUCCAGAUCUUCCAGGAUGAUCGACCCCUUCAAUAUCGACCCAGCAUCUAAUUGUUUGGCAAAAGAGGCAAACAUAGAUACCGCCAAUUUGGGAGAAGUCGACUUGUCCAGCCAGUGUGUUGUCAAGCUAGCAACGCUGAUGAGUACAACUUAG